CCCCGCGCCGCGGGAUCCACCGUCCGGCAGAGGAAAAAUGCCAGCUGUGGGACAAGGAGUGCAGGCCGUGCCACGUCCACAGGGACUGGUGGGAUGUGGCGAUUCUACACUGAGGACUCUCCAGGGCUCAAAGUUGGACCUGUUCCAGUUUUGGUCAUGAGUCUUCUUUUUAUUGCUUCUGUGUUUAUGCUGCACAUCUGGGGUAAAUACACACGUUCCUAGAACCAGCUGCCAACUUAAAGCAUACAUCUUGGACCAAAACUGUGGUGGAUCCUGAUUGUUCUUGGAGAGAGACUGGGGAAGCUUCCUAUCACCUGUUGAAGUCCUGUCAACUUUGGCUAGAAUACCGAAUUAAUUUCUCAGUUCACUGCUUGGGCAGCUUUAAAGCCUGCCAUGGGUCAUUUUAUAUUUGUAUCUGUACACUUAGAAUGCAGGUAUUGCAAUAAAAAUUGUAUAUGGAAAUAGAAA